GGCUGCGGCAGGCGGAGUGCCCCGUCCUUCCCCCAUUAAACGGCCGCUGCUCUGCCCCGCUGUGCUUUGCUGUUCUUUACCCUCCCCAACACCCGUCUCGGGUGGGAGAUGGACAGCCCGGUGCUCCUGUGCCGCAGCCCCCACCCCCGGAGAUCCUCAGGUCUGCUCUCUGGAGCCCCCGUGACCCGGGCCGCACCCCGACCUCUAUCCCAGCAUCAGACAUCGCUCUCCUCCCCGGGCCACCCCGGCUCCCCGAGGGGAUGGCAGAGGUGCUGUCCAUGGCCAUGAUGACAAUGCAGCUGGGUGGGCUGAUGCUGGCCAUACUGGGCUGGCUGGGCUCCAUUCUCACCUGUGCACUGCCCAUGUGGAAGGUGACAGCCUUCAUCGGCUCCAACAUCGUGGUGGCUCAGGUCUUUUGGGAAGGGCUGUGGAUGAACUGUGUGUACGAAAGCACGGGGCAGAUGCAGUGCAAGGCCUACGACUCCCUGCUGGAGCUCACCUCUGACUUGCAAGUGGCUCGUGCCUUGGUGGUCACUUCCAUCUUUGUCGCUGCCUUCGCCUUCCUCACUGCCAUCUUGGGUGCAGACUGCACCCGUUGUGUGGACGACAAGGGCACCAAGACCAGAAUCUCCGUUGUGGCAGGUGUCAUCUUCAUCCUGGCCAGCAUCAUGCUGCUCAUCCCCGUCUCCUGGUCUGCUAACAGCAUCGUCAGCAACUUCUACAACCCCAUGGUGCCUGAGGCCCUCAAGAGAGAGCUGGGGGCUGCCCUCUACAUUGGCUGGGCCUCCAGUGCCCUCCAGCUUUUUGGUGGGGGCAUCCUGUGCUGCUCAGGACCCCCAUCCCAGCAGGACCCUUACCCCAAGAAGUACAGAGCAGUGAAAACCUGCAGCUCGAUGGGCUACCCCAUGCAAGACUAUGUGUGAGCCACUGUUCCUGGAUGCCAGCUCUAAGGAGAGUCCCAUUGUCCCCCUCCUGCUUCCACGUGCUGUCCCCCUGCCCACAUAUUGCCUCCUCUUGCCUGUCCCCAUGCUAGCUGCUCCCCUGGCAUGGGCCUCUCACCUGCCUGUCCCUGGCACAGGGGCUGCACUCACAAUCCAUGAUAAACAUCUUGGUGC